GAGGCCUGAGUAUUGUAUGCUUUCAGUAGUCGCUAAAACACAUUCAAAGUCGACCAGACAGAGAGAACGCAUGUACUGCUGCAACAGGGUCUUACUUCAUUGAACCUCCCCCUCGCCACAUGCUCGAUGAAAACUUUAAAAGAAAAACAAACAUUCAGCAACAAGGUAUUGAGAUGUUAAAGGCAGGCGGCAUGGAUUGUUUGCUUAUCGUUCUCUUGCUGUGGCUGUCGAGUCUCAAGACUGUCAACGCUGAUGAAAAGAGAGACCAACCGAAUAUUUUGCUUUUUCUUGCGGAUGACCUGGGCUACGGUGACCUGGGGACCUUCGGCAACAGCAGCCUGCCCACACCUCACCUGGACAGACUGGCAGCUCAAGGUGUAAAGCUGACACACAACAUUGCGGCUGACACGGUGUGUACACCCAGCAGAGCAGCCUUCUUGACUGGGAGGUACCCGGUGAGAUCAGGAAUGGCGGCAACUCACCCUCUCCGAGUAUUUGUAUUUACUUUUGCUGCUGGAGCUCUACCAGCCAAGGAAAUAACUUUUGGAGAAAUCGCUCGCCAAGCUGGUCACAAGACUGCAUUUCUAGGUAAAUGGCACGUAGGGUGGAGUCUGGACAAAUCAGACCCUGAACAUCAGCACCCUUUGAACCAAGGUUUCCAGUAUUUCUACGGAGUGCCUACGACCAACGUCAUGGACUUUGGCGACCACAACGAACGUCUUUCGCUGUACACCAAUCCUGCGUUGCCACGUCAGCUGCUGACAACCUUCCUGUGGGUGGCCGGAGUUUCCGCUCUGCUGACUCGUGUCGGUUUGAUCGGGAAAACAUCUUGCGUUGCAAUAAUUCUUUUCGUUGGGAUGCUGUGUAGUGGACUGUACUGGCUUCUCACUAACUUGAAGCUCCUCAAUUCUUUUAUGUAUAGGAACUACGAGAUGGUGGAACAGCCGAUCCACCUCCCGUCGGUAACGAGAAAACUAGUGACAGAGAGCGAAAACUUCUUGAGGGCCCGCCAGACAGACGGCCAGCCCUUUCUGCUCGUGGUAUCCUGGCUGCACGUGCACGAUGCCUUAGCAACUGCACCGGAGUUCAGAGGUCGCUCGCGGUACGGCCCUUACGGGGACGCCGUGAUGGAGAUGGACUGGGGCGUAGGACGGGUGGUGGAGAUGUUGGAUAACCUGGGGCUGUCACGUGACACUUUCGUCUACUUUACGUCUGAUCACGGAGCCUGCGUGAACAUCAAGGACUGGAUGGGCCGGCAGGUCGGGGGCUAUAACGGACCUUUCAGGGGAAGUAAAUUUCAAGGGUCUCCAGAGGGAGCUUUCCGUGUGCCUGGUAUUGUCCGCUGGCCGGCGCGUAUUCCCGCAGGCCAGGUCAUCGACGAACCGGUCAGUCUGAUGGACAUAGUGCCCACCAUCGCUGACCUGUUGCACGUGCCGUUGCCAGGCGACCGCGUCAUAGACGGCAAGAGUUUGGUGCCGUUGUUGACAGGAGAGACACAGACCUCGGCCCACGAGUUCCUCUUCCACUACUGUCAGGAUGAGGUCCACGCCGUCAGAUACAGACCCAGAACAGGAAACAAGGUGUGGAAACUUUCUUUUAAAGAACCAAACGACUACAACACUGACAAACUCGGAGCUGCUUGUAGUGAUGUCCUUCACCUGGACCCACCCCGUCUUUAUGACAUCACUUCCGAUCCCGCAGAGACCUCGCCAUUAGACUCGAAAAGCUAUCCAGAGGUGGUGAAGACGAUGCUUUCGGCUCUUGCUGAUCACAAGAAGAGUUUGGUUGCCGUGCCAAACCAGUUCAGCUUUUCCAGGUUACUGUGGAUACCGUGGAAACAGGCGUACUGCAAGUUUCCAGCCUGCAGCUGCCAAGACAAACAGUUCUUAGGCAUGUUCAACGAUUAGUCCUGUCACGUGAUUUGCUGAACGCACACACACACACACCGCCGUACAACAUUGGCCAGCAAGGAUGAUGUAUACUCUAGUCCAAGUCCGUUAGUGUGACUAAAAAUGCUUUUUAUUUGUACAAAAGUGACAGCUUUUGUACUCUCCAGCCUAAUGGUGUCUGUCAAAUAGGUAUUCAUACUCAUAGCACAUAGAUGGAACCAGCGUUCAUGUAUACACUUUUUUGCAAUAUAUAAUUUCCUUGGAUAUGUUAUUUCUGUCGCAUGAGCUCAGUUUUUAACGCUUUUUUUUUUUGCAUCAAAUUCAUACCAUGUUUAAAUUUUACUUUACAUGACCUAAUCAACGGAAAUCACCAUCUUUACAAAAAAGCGAAUAUUAAAAGAAUGGGAACUGACACAAGAGAUAAUGACGUGUUUUACCUAUAAAAAAUCGAGCAAGCAACAGAUCAAGAGAGAUACCGUGACCUAGGACGGUCACGUGAUGCCAGAAUCAAAAGCCGGAAGUUUCUAGGAAAAACCGAGAUGAUGCGAUUUGUCGUCUGAUGUGCUUAACCUUACAUACAUCAUUUUAAGAAGAGUUCCUUUGAAGGAAAAAAACUUUAUCAGUUCUCAACAGACGAGAAGUCUUUGCCAUGAGUUUAAAUGUUUAGAGUAUGUCUAGUGUGUAAAUAUGUGCAGUGUUUCUAGGAAAAAUAUCCUUAAGAGAAGGCAACUACGUGUUGUUAUCACUGGCAGGCAGCAUGGCAACAGGAAGUGGAGAGUGUCUGCCUCGAGUUCUAACCAUCGCAGUUGUUCAACUCUUUACGAGUGGGGAAAGGCAAUGGCGCCAUGCUUAGGAGAAUACCACAACAUCCAAAAACUAUAAUAAAAGUUAAUAAUCUGAUGUGGCGAAACACCACGUUGUAGCAUGGAGAGUAAAAAGGACGAAUAAAGUGCUUCUUUCUCAAACGUUUGAAUGUGUAUCUCUCUUUUUUUGUUUUUUGUUAACUCCUAUAAUAAUAGUUCCUCGAGCAAGGACAAGUUACUCUAGCAAAAGAGGAUCUUUGAGAUAUUUGUAGCCAUCAGGGAAGUUGACAGAGUCUUAAAAAAUUCUGACUCAGACGACAAGUCGAGUCAUCUCGAUUAUUCCGAGAAACUUCCUGCUUUUGACUCUCGCUUCACAAGAAUGUUUUAAGAGAGAUACACAUUUAAAAUAUCAAAGGUGACUUAGGCUGGAGCUAGCUUUAGCAGUUUUCAAUAUGGAAAAGGUUGUAUCAUAUACCAUAGACAGAGAGAGGCAACUUUUGCUCAUUCAAAUUUUAUGUAUUAAAAUUUAUGUGAAAACCAU